GCAAAAAUUAGUACCAUCUCGCCAUUCAAGAUUGUCGGUCGCGCGUCGGCCGCGAAACGUAUAAUUACGAACUUUUCGACCGGUUCGUCUCACCAGAUACUCCUUGUCUAAAGCCAAAACAACACCCGAGCAUUACAAUACAAAGUGCCGCGUGAUCUUGUAUAUUUAUAAAGGGAGUUCCGUACCGCAAACACCAUUACACGCACCGUCGCCACUCACAGUACAUAAUGCCAUGUGUGCAUAGGCGUAAGAAAAUUAAAACUAGAUAAAAAAAUAUACAUUCACGACGGAGUUUUUCAAUAGUGUGACGUGUGAAAACAAGAAAAAUGACGAACAAUUAUAACAUGAAAGAGUUCAGCUCAACAGCAAUUAUAACUGAAAAUGCUUCGUUCCCCUCAACAUACUCGAUCAACGGGAAAAGUAAGGAAAAUGACACAGAAAAAGACGACUAUGAUCCUUUCUCAAACAGAAAGUUGGAACAUCCCAACUCUGACAUGCGUUCAUUCGCCAACUUGCUCAAGUCCUCGCUGGGGUCGGGGAUCCUGGCCAUGCCCGCCGCCUUCAAGAAUGCCGGAACUGUCGUCGGCAUCUUCGGAACGAUAAUACUCGGCUACAUCUGUACGCAUUGCGUCUAUUUACUGGUGAAAACAUCACAAGACGUAUCAAAAGUGUCGAAAGUGCCAUCCUUAGGAUAUGCAGAAACUCUUGAGGCGGUGUUUGCCACCGGACCGCAGAGACUUAGAAAAUUUUCAAGAGGUGCCAGAAUAUUUAUAGACUGGGCGAUGGCUUUCACCAUUCUUGGCGCCUGUGCCGUCUACGUCAUUCUUCUAGUCCAGUCUGUUAAACAGAUCGUGGACUACUUCGACCACGACAGUAGCCUGACAACCACAAUGUACUGCCUCAUGUUCCUAGUUCCUAUCCUCAUCUUCACUCAGAUCAAGAACCUUAAGUACUUGGCGCCAUUCUCCGGAUUCGCGAAUAUCCUCCUGGUCCUCACUUUUGUGAUCUGUCUGUACUAUAUUUGUGAUGAGUUCCCGAGCCUCGACUCCAAGCCGAUGUCGGUCGAUGUGGGACGACUGCCGUUGUUCAUCGGUACAGUGAUUUUCGCGAUGGAAGGCAUCGGCGUGGUGCUCCCCGUGGAGAACACGAUGGCGCGGCCGCAGCACUUCCUGGGCUGCCCCGGGGUGCUCAACAUCACCAUGGCAGUCGUCAUCCUGCUGUACAUGAUCAUGGGAUUCCUGGGAUACGUGAAGUAUGGGGAUGCGUCGCAGGGCAGCAUCACGCUGAAUCUGCCUACGGGUGAAGUGCCGGCACUCAUGGCGAAAAGCUUCAUCGUGGUGGCGAUAUUCUUCACGUACACGCUGCAGUUCUACGUGCCCAUGGAGAUCGUGUGGCGCAACACUCGCGACCGCGUGGCGCUCAAGUACCACAACCACGCGCAGGCCGCCAUGCGCGCCGUGUUCGCUUGUCUCACUGUGGCAGCGGCAGCCACGCUCCCGCGCUUAGAGCAAGUGAUCGGGCUGGAGGGUGCCUUCUUCUAUUCAUUCCUGGGCCUCAUCGCCCCCGCGCUCAUGGACCUCAUAUUCCACUGGGAGCGAGGACUCGGCCCCUACAACUACAUACUUGUCAAAGACACGAUGUUGAUCGUCUUCGGAUUCUUCGUACUAGUCACCGGAGUCACACAGAGUAUCCGGGAAAUUGUUAACAAUCCCGGCUGACUGUGAUUGUGUAGCGUACUGUUAAGUUUUCACUGUAAUUAAAUUUAAUCAUAGUAAGUAUCUACGUACCUAUAAUGUAAUUAAUUAACCAAGAACGAUUAAAUAUUUUGUUUUUUAAGAGUAUCUAUAAAUGGUACAAAAUAA